UUUUCAAUUCAUGAACGAGUUGGUCGAAGACAUAGGGGACAUAAAGGUGUUGAGGAGGGCAGGCGUGAUCCGCGGGGGGUCGAAAGCCGGCCUGGAGGUGCUGGAGAUGGUGAAGAAGAUCGACAGGUUCGCGACGUACCCCUCGACCUUCGCGGCCAUCGACAACGAGAUCGAUAAGGCGCGCCGGUUUCACAAGAAGCAGAUGGAGAGGUUCCUCGUCCGGCACCAGCCGGCGGUGCUGUGGGUGUCGUCGGUGGCCGCCGCCUCGGUUAUCGCGACCGCGGUUUUCGCUUCUAGAAGGAGGGCAAGAGCCUGAGUGGGAGGGAUCAAAAAGUGUGGCACAAAGAAGCACUUCAUGCAUCCUUAACUAGCUUCACCACUUAAUACAGUCACUUGUAUUAAUUUGUAUUUUAUGAUCGUUUAGUAAGCAAAUUAACAAAGCCUAAUAAUAAGGAAUAAAUGCUGGAUGUUGAAACAAAAUUGUAAUCAACUUCAUAAAUUAAUAAACAGUUACAUUUUUAAAUGCAAA